AUGAUGGACAGCAUUGAUAAAGUGGUCAAGUUAAUUCCAAAACUGAAGUAUCAGCUAUUAUUUUUAAAAGAACGUGAAAAACUGUUCAAGUCAAUUAAUAAUGAAUCUCUUUUAAAUAAUGAUUCGUCAUCAGUUAUUUCAAAAGAUCUUAAUUUUUCUUCUUUAUCUUCAUCAUCGGAUAAUAAUACUAUGAAUACUUCAUCAAAUACUGAUAUUCAUGAUCAAACAUUAGAUGAAGUGUCGGUGAAAGAAAACAUCAAUUCGAUAUUUCCAGCUGAAUAUGUUAUUCCACAAUUACCACCAUCUCUAUUACAAGAUAUAGAAGCUGGUGCACUUCAUAAAUUUGGACCACAUCAUGCUAAUCGUCAAGUUCUUAUUGAUGCAAUAACUUAUGAUUUAAUCAAUACAUACAAUUUAUUUUAUCCUAGUCAUAAACAAUUCGAUGCUAUUGGAUCAGCGAUUGUUGGUUUAUUAAAACUACCUUUUACCAAAGAUAAUUUAGGAGUAUGGAAAGAAGCGGUACAAAUAAAAUUAAAAAGGAAGCGUUGUGAACAUAAGGAUAAUGUAGAAGUACAAUAUCAUCUUAUGAAAUAUUCUAAAACAAGCUCCGGUCGUCCUGUUAAGCAAAUGAUUGGUGAGGUUGCAAGUCGUGACCGACAAAAACAAAUUUUAACGAUGAAUUAUGAUGAUGAUUCAUUUAAUAGUAUGAAGAUAAAAUCUCAAGAAUUACGUGAUAAUAAUCAUAUUGAUCGUGAUUCACGACUUUGUCUAUGGAAAGAGACGCUUCAUAUUCGACGAAAAUUGAUACGUGAUCUAUCGACUUCGACAAUUCUUGAAGAAUUUCCUGGGUACAAAGAUUCUUUCUUAAUUUUUGAAGAAAUACGAUUGACUAUGGAAGUUGAUUUGCGUACUGUUGUACGUUACCAAGUACCGGUCUUAUUGGAGAAAUUAUUAUCUUCACCUGCUUUCAUCACAGAUCCUCCUCCAAUUCAACUUAUUCGAGUGUUAUGUCGGCAUUUUGGUGAAACAGUUCAUCAUAUUUAUUGUGAUACAACACCAUCAACUCCUUAUCCUACAUUAGUUCUGAUGAACGAUGUGAUGCAUAUUUUUGUGGAUUUUAAUCCAAUCGUAUCUUCGACUUCUCCUGAUGAUGGUUUAGCUCUUAUUUUGGCAAUGUAUGCUGCAUUCGAGUUAAACUUUAAUAAAAAUAGUCGAACAAUUCGAUUAUUAUAUGCAAUUGUAUUCGGUGAUAAACGAUUUAUUUCAAACAGUAUUCGUAAUUUGGUAAAAGAAAAAAAUAUUGAUAUAUCCUUCGAACA